UGGGACAAAGUGCACGACCCGCGAAUUUAUUUUAAAACCCAAAAAAAUCACUGUCCAAUUAUCAACUGCAACAGUUUUGGAUAUUGGAAUAAACCCUAUAAAUAUAUUAGAUAACAGUAUAAAUGGGUUCGUCAACUUCAAAACCUGAAACAAAGGUAUUCACACCUUCAACCCCAAUAGAUUUUAGUGCAUCUUUUUUAUCACAAUUGGAAAAUUCGCCUGAGUCGGAUUAUUCAAGAUCACAAUUCACAGAAAAAUACAUUCAAGAAAGAGUAGCAGAAGAAUUAACCAAAUUGGAAAAGCAAACCAUUCAAAGUUUUCAAUCAACUACCAAAUCUGCUUUAAUUCCUGUUGAUGAUAAACCUGAAUUUUCUGUACCUUCAUCCAAUGAAAAAAUUGAAAGAUUAACUAAUCUCUUGAAGGAAAAUGCUCAAUUAUCCGCCAUUAGUAUUCCCGAAGAUGUUUUAAAAGCAAAGAACGAAGUCAUACAAUGUAUAAAGGAAAAUCCAGGAAAAUCCUUAAAUUGUUGGGAAGAAAUUGAAUCCUUUAGAAAAUUAGCUAAGGACUUAUAAACCAAAUCAUAAACCAACUUGUAACAUAAUAUCAUCAUAUCCUAUUGAUUAAAGGGAAGGAGUUUCAUUUCAGCUCCUACAAUUUGAAGUCAUGCAACUUAUU